AUGGUAUCCUUUCACCCACUUGUUACCAUUCUUAAUCAAAAUAAACUAUUUGGAUCCUACUAUGUUGAUUGGAAAAGAGACUUAGACAUUGUUCUUACUGCUGAAGAGCACAAAUUUGUGCUUAAUCAACCAUGUCCAAACUUUCCUUCAUUAGAUGCUCCUUCUGAGGAAAAACAACAAUAUGAUCGUUGGCAAAAAUCUAAUGAGAUGGCUAAGUGCUAUACCCUAGCAUUUAUUUCAAAUGUUUUACAGCAUCAAAUGCAGGAUGUGGAACUACCUUCAGACAUAAUGUUAAGUUUGAAGGAGAUGUUUGAUGUGUUUGGUGCCAACAUUGAUGGAGAAUCCCAAGCGGAUAUGAUACUCCAAUCCUUGCCAGAAUCACCCAAAGAAUUUAGACUUAAUUAUAAUGUGAACAAAAAGAUUUAUACCUUGUCUAAAUUAAUGAAUGAAUUAGUGAUAGCGGAAGGCAUCCUUGGUAAAGCCAAUGUUGCUACUAAUAUGGCUGAAGCUUCCUCUUCUAAGCCUAAGUCGAAAGGCAAAGGUAGUAAGAAGAAGAAGGACUUUACCAAACAAGAUGGGGUUCCAGGAGACCAGAAGGCUGAAUAA